AUGGACAGUGACAUGAGUCAAAAUGACGAGUCAAAGGGGACUUUUCAAAAUAGGGAGAACACUCACAAUGGUCUCACUACAGUGCCAACUUCAGUGACACUGUCAUCUGAACAAUUUGAAAGGCUUUAUUUAACUCCCAUGACGGUUCGCCAAUCACCACUAGCCAAGAAAGUUGGAAAUCCGACACCAUUAGCACUAGGAGGUUUCGUUAUCACCACAACCCCCCUUUCAUGUUGUCUGAUGGCCUGGAGAGGAGCCAGUGGAAAUGGAAUCGCUUUCAUCGGACCUAUCAUCUUCCUUGGUGGUCUUUUGUUGCUCAUUACGAGUAUUCUUGAGUUCAUCAUCGGAAAUACCUUUCCCUGUGUUGUGUUUGGCACUAUUGGCGGCUUUUGGUUUGCGUUCGCUGCCACAAUGAUUCCCGCUUUCAAUGCAGCCGCCCCCUAUUCCUCGUCAACCACCAAUACAGCUGCCGGGCUAGCGAGUGAAAGCUUCAUGAAUACAUAUGCUUUUCUAUUCAUAACUAUGGCGGUUCUCAUGUUGAUUUUCAUGAUUUGUGCAACGCGCAUCAACGUGGUAUACACACUCAUUUUCCUCUCCCUGCUCUUGGUUUUCCUUCUUCUGUCGUCGGCCUAUUGGGAACUAGGCCAAGGGAAUGCAACAGUUGGUGAUCGAUGUGUAAAAGGUGCUGGAGCUUCGCUCUUUGUUGCUAGUUUACUCGGCUUCUAUCUUUUAAUUGUUCAACUGUUUGAAUCCAUAGGAUUCCCAUGCUCUUUGCCGGUUGGAGACUUGACGACAUUUUGGACUCGCAAUCAAAACAAGUGA